AUGGCUAAAUUGAGAUCUACUACGGCGGUUGUGUAUGAAGUUGGUGAUUCUUGGGGAUGGACUUUCAACUACAACUAUGAACAAUGGGCCGCUUCAAAGCAUUUUCAAUUUGGCGAUGUUCUCAUUUUCAACUACGAUCCAAAAUUACACAACGUGAUGCAAGUUAACAUCAACGACUACAACUCAUGCACAGCUAGUAAUCCAAUUGCAACAUUCAACUCUGGUAGUGAUUCAAUCAGCCUUGACACACCUGAUGGAGAUUACUUCUUCAUAAGUGGUAUUCCUGGUGAUUGUGCAUCUGGACUCAAAUUACACAUCAAAGUUAGUCAAACUGCAACAACAACUCCUCCUCCUCCUACGACGAUGAAUACUCCAGCAACUCCUCCUCCUCCUCCUACGUUGAAUGAUCAUUAUCCUUAUAUUUUUCCUGCUUCUUCAAGAAAUCACUCUUCUGCAAGCAAUACUGCUUAUUCAUUCAACAUGUUAUUUGCAUUGUUUCUUCUACCCAUGGUUUAG